CAAAAAAAAACCCAAUCAUCAGGAUUCAGGAGGGUCAAAGAUUCACCUAAUUUAUUUUCCCUUCCAAAAACACCUCCCUCCCUGAGAUCGAGAAAUUCACCGGCGAUGGAUUCUCGGCGAAAAGAUACGCCGGCGUCGGAGAUGAGAGAGAAAGCUCCGGCGCCAUCUCCGGUGGAAGAAGAAGACGAAGAAGAAGUGAGCGAAAGUGGAAGCGAUUACACAUCGGAAGACGAAGGUAAAGAAGAUUACAGAAGAGGAGGUUAUCAUGCGGUACGAAUUGGAGAUUCCUUCAAAAAUGGAACUUAUGUUGUUCAAACUAAGCUUGGUUGGGGCCAUUUCUCCACUGUUUGGCUCGCUUGGGAUACCAAACACUCGCGAUAUGUCGCACUGAAAGUGCAAAAGAGUGCGCAACAUUACACUGAAGCAGCUAUGGACGAGAUAACAAUAUUGAAACAGAUUGCUGAUGGUGACCCAGAUGAUAAAAAGUGUGUUGUCAAGCUUCUGGAUCAUUUUAAACAUUCUGGUCCUAAUGGACAGCAUGUGUGUAUGGUGUUCGAGUAUUUAGGGGACAAUCUUCUAACAUUAAUAAAGUAUUCAGACUAUCGUGGGAUGCCUCUGGCUAAGGUGAAGGAGAUAUGCUAUCAUAUCCUGGUUGGCUUGGAUUAUUUGCAUAAGCAGCUGUCUAUCAUUCACACUGAUUUGAAGCCAGAAAACAUUUUGCUAUUGUCGGUUAUAGACCAGUCUAAGGACCCAAGAAAAUCUGGUGCUCCUCUUAUUCUUCCCAAUAGCAAGGACAAAACCAUAUAUGAGUCUGGGAGCACAAUAGAUAGUAAAGGGUCCAAUGGUGAUUUGACAAAGAAUCAGAAGAAAAAGAUUCGUCGGAAGGCGAAACGUGCAGCUCAAGGGUGUGCAGGGAAGGAAGCUGCUGCUGAUUCUGAGCAAGAUCCUGAAGCAUCAGAUGCUGACGGUGUGAAGGGGACAAGUGGAGGAAGUUCAGUCCAUAAGAGAGGGAGUCGAUCAACGAGGCGAAAACUUUUGGAGUCGGUGGACCUCAAAUGCAAAUUGGUUGACUUUGGAAAUGCUUGCUGGACAUACAAGCAGUUUACAAAUGAUAUUCAAACUAGGCAGUAUAGGUGUCCUGAAGUGAUUCUUGGAUCAAAAUAUUCUACCUAUGCUGAUAUGUGGUCCUUCGCUUGCAUUUGUUUUGAGCUUGCUACUGGUGAUGUUCUGUUUGACCCUCAUAGCGGUGACAAUUAUGACAGGGAUGAGGAUCACUUAGCCUUAAUGAUGGAGCUCUUGGGAAUGAUGCCGCGCAAGAUUGCGUUGGGGGGACGUUAUUCCCGGGACUUCUUCAACAGAUAUGGAGACUUAAGACACAUUCGUCGACUUCGUUUCUGGCCAUUAAACAAGGUUCUUGUGGAGAAGUACGAGUUCAAUGAACAAGAUGCAAGUGAAAUAGCGGAGUUUCUAAUUCCUAUUCUUGAUUUUGUCCCUGACAAGCGUCCCACUGCUGGUCAAUGCCUUUCUCAUCCAUGGAUUGCUGGUGGUCCUCGUUCUCUAGAGCCGUCUACACCUGAAAGUCAACCGGUGGACGCUAUUGCUUCUGAUAAACAGAAGAAAGAAAAGGAUGAAAGAGAAGCGAUGGAGAAAGGCAUGGGGAGUAUUGCUAUCAGUAACGACUCAAAGACGAGCAAACAGACUCUAUCUUCCCCUAAACCUUCAAAAGCAGCUAUAAUUGGCUCAUCCAGGCAAAACCUUGACCGGAGCUGUAGCUCCAGAGGAAAGGUCCUCGAACGAUUCUGAACUUACAUGGAAAUAUUAAUACAAUUGACGGGGUCUGUGUUGUACGAUCAAGUCUAACCUGUUCUACUGCUUUCUUGUUGAUACCUGUCUAUUAUGAAAAUAUUCAAUGUACUAUACUGCAACUUUUUAUUGAUUUAUUAAUGACAGUGAUCUUAAAUUUUGUCUCCAA